AAAAAGCGAUGACCGAGGAAUCAGCAACGUUACCACCACCCCCGGCACCUCCUUUAAACCAGUCCAAGCAACGUCUCAAUCCGCAUGAAAUCCGUAAUGUAGAUUUGGUUCAGAGAUUUUUGGCUGCAACACCAUCAUAUUUAUACUCACCGCCACCAAUUGGACCACCGAACUUUUUCUUCAGUGAAAUGCUCCGUUCGUUAGUACAAGCAAAAGCAGCCGAAGGAGCAAGAGGCUUACAAAAUCCAAUGAGACGACCGAGAAAACGCCUUUGGACGCCGCCGACUCGUUUUGAAAAUGAAUCCCUAUCCAAAGAACCAAACGGUGAAAAACCACUUGAACUAACGACAAAACAUCAACCGUCACCAUUUCCAAGUGCAUUCAAUCCGCAUGUGAAAAGUCCAAAAGAAGGUGACAAAAUUACACCGGCCGAUGGUAUGCCAUCAAACGGAAGUGAUAUAAGUGGCGGUGAUUCAAAAUUAUCGACAUAUUUGCCGGGCGAAAAUAUUGGAAACGAACCAUCCACAGCUUCGUUGCCACCAUCUGAUUUGGUGAUGCCACAAAUACCACCAAUUUGGUAUCCACCAUUGUAUCCACCAUAUGGCAUCGAUCCAUUACAUUUUUUCAUCGAUUUACGAGUGUCGGGACAACUGUACGAUCGAAAGAAAGAAAACAAUUCACCGUCAACUGAAGCAUUGACAAAUGAAAAUAAUAACAUUGGAAAAGCACGACAUGGUUCAGCGUUCAGUGUACCACCAAGACGUGAUAAAAGCCCAUUGGCAUUAAAUCUAUCGGCAAUGGGAACGAAAACAAAUUCAAUCGAUUUUGUAAACAAUAAUUGCACAGACAUUGAUGAUAAAUCGAGGAAUACAAAUUAUGUGCUGCAAAAUUUACCACGAAUUUAUACAUCGUUGACGGGCACACAGAAUAUCGGUGGCGAUGAUAGACAUUCGGAAGAAAGCGAAAGCAAAUCCAGCUCUGAUAUUGAUGUUAAAGACCAUGAACAGAUUUCGAAUCUUUCUGAUGAUGUCGUCAUUGUUGAUCAAGACCUGGACGGACAACCGGAACGAAAACAAACUAAACGCAAAUAAAUUAUUAUGUAGACAGUUUAACAAUGGGAUUAUUGUGUUUUAAUUCAAAAAUUAAUUAGUAAGACGUGAUUUUAAAUCAAAUCAAUGUGUAGAAAAAGAACAACAACAUUUAAAUAUAUUAUUAGAAGAGUAAUUAGCACUUUGUUAGAAAUAAAGGUCAUUCGAAUAACUUACAU